UCUGUGUAGGCUGCCGAAACUGCUAGCUUGGAAGAGCAGUUGCAAGGAUGGGGAGAAGUGAUUUUGAUGACCGAUAAAGUUCUUCGCUGGGAGAGAGCCUGGUUCCCUCUGGCGCUGAUGAGUGUUGUUUCCUUCUCUUUUCUGAUGAUCUACUACUUGGACCCAUCAGUUCUUUCAGGCGUCUCCUGUUUUGUUAUGUUCCUCUGUUUGGCUGAUUAUCUUGUUCCUGCUCUUGCACCUAGAAUCUUUGGCUCCAAUAAGUGGACUACAGAACAGCAGCAAAGAUUUCAUGAGAUCUGCAGCAGUUUGGUAAAAUCUCGUCGCCGAAUUGUUGGCUGGUGGAAACGUCUCUUCACGCUGAAGGAAGAGAAGCCUAAAAUGUACUUCAUGACCAUGCUUUUUUCUCUUGCUGUGGUUGCCUGGAUUGGACAGCAAGUUCACAAUCUCUUCCUGACCUAUCUUAUCGUAAGUUUCCUGUUGCUUUUUCCUGGACUAAACCAGCAUGGGAUCAUCACAAAGUAUGUUGGAAUGGCAAAAAGGGAGAUUAACAAACUUCUCAAGCACAAGGAAAAGAAAAAUGAAUGAAAACUUAACUGCUGUUCACUCUUGUAAAAGGUUUCCUGGGGAACAGUUUUGAGAGUUAAUGUAUAAUUUUAGUAGAAUUGUAUUGCUCACUGGCUUUUUUUUUUUCACUGGCUCCCUGAAGUGAAGAUGUCACCUUAGCAACCGCUGUGGGUUUGUGUCUCUUGCUGUGCUGACUGGGGUUCUGCAGCCUGUGGCUGAUCUUGUAUGAAAGAUCCUGUCCUUCGAUGUACAGAGCCUGCUCAGUGUCUUCACCAAACUAGGAGGC